UUCUACACCCAUGCUGUGGACGGAUGACGGGGCUCUCGAGGCUGCACGAUAUAACAUGGAUGUCAACUACUUCGGCAGCGCUGAAAUGUCUCGAGCCAUCAUGCGUGCCUGGCUCCUCCCUGAAAACGAAAAAGAGCGACCGCAAACAUCUCGUCCUGCCGCUAAACAUAUCAUCUUCACUGGCUCUGUCCUCUCCACCCUCUCCCUAGCUGGCCACGGAACGUACGCCCCUUCCAAGUUUGCCCUCCGCGCCCUCGCCGACGCUCUCGUCAUGGAGGUCCGCCUAUACCCAGAAGUUCCUAUUGAAGUGCACCUCGUUAUGCCUAACUCUAUAACUACGGCCGGCUAUGAUCGCGAGAAUGAGACCAAACCGGAAAUCACCGUCCAGCUUGAAGGCACCGAUAAACCCCAGGACCCGGACACUGUCGCCCGCUUAUCCAUCGCCGGUAUCGAGAAGGGCCGUUACUUUGUCACGACGUCGUUCAUGGGCGACUUGAUGCGAUGGGGCGCUAUGAGUAACUCACCGCGGAAUAACUGGUUUGUAGACACGUUGAUGGCGUGGAUCCUGCCUUUUAUCAUGGCAUUCGUUAUGUGGGAUAUGAAUAGUCAAGUCUCAAAAUGGGGUAAUAAGAAAAAGAUUGAAGAGUCACGGGAUUAAUUGGUUUAUUUAUGAAGGGCUGCGCUGUUCACAGUUUGCUUUGCAGGGGCCUUUCUAAAAUUAGUGAACACCAUAAAAACUUAAAUUUACAUUCAUUGGU